GCGAUCGUUUCCAUUGCGCAUGCGCCCUGCCCUCCCCCGUGGGUCUGUCAGCUGAGGCUGGGUUGGCCUGGGGCUGAGAUGCUGGCGGCGCGAGGAGCCAUGGCCAACUUCCGUCUGGCGCUAAUCCAACUUCAUGUAUCUACUGUCAAAUCAGAUAAUCUGAACAAAGCUUGUGGCUUGAUAAGAAAAGCAACAGCACAAGGAGCAAAAGUUGUCGCUCUGCCUGAAUGUUUUAACUCUCCCUAUAGUACUAAAUAUUUUCCUGAAUAUGCAGAGAAAAUCCCUGGUGAAUCCACGCAGAAGCUCUCAGAAGUUGCAAAAGAGUGUGGCAUCUAUCUCAUUGGAGGAUCCAUUCCAGAGGAGGAUGCUGGGAAGUUGUAUAACACCUGUACUGUUUUUGGACCUGAUGGUGCUAUGUUGGCUAAGCACAGAAAGAUUCAUUUAUUUGACAUUAACGUUCCUGGGAAAAUCCGGUUCCAGGAGUCAGAAACUCUGAGCCCAGGGGACAGUUUCUCUGUGUUUGAUACUCCAUACUGUAAAGUGGGACUGGGGAUCUGCUAUGACAUCCGAUUUGCUGAGCUUGCUCAGAUCUACGCACAGAAAGGUUGCCAGCUGCUAGUGUAUCCGGGGGCUUUUAAUAUGACAACUGGACCAGCCCACUGGGAACUGCUGCAAAGAGGACGAGCGGUUGAUAACCAAGUCUACGUGGCUACUGCAUCUCCUGCUAGGGAUGAGAAAGCAUCUUACGUUGCCUGGGGACACAGCACUGUAGUAAACCCAUGGGGGGAAGUCAUAGCCAAAGCUGGCACUGAGGAAACUGUUAUCUACACAGAUAUAGACCUGAAGAAGCUUGCAGAAAUCCGCCAGCAAAUCCCCCUUCAUACUCAAAAGCGCUCAGAUCUUUACAGCGUAGAGGCAAAGAGAGAGUGAGGCUUCAUGCAUACGGCUUCAUGCAUACAGCUCCAUGCUCUUCAAAACUCAGCUCGAGAGCAGCUCCUUUGACAUUUGCUUGUAUCUUCAGACGGAACAAGACCGUAAAAUAAUCAUUUUCACAAACUACAACUGACCUUGCAUCCAAUACCAUACUGUUAAGCAAAAAAGCACAUGCUAGUCUAAUUCUGAAAUGAACCCUAAGUGAAGCUGAAUAGAGGUGGCUUGUGAGCUGGCUUUUCUCUCCUUUCAUACUUUAGCUAUUUCCUGGUACUUUACAAAGCCAUGAGUUACUGCUGGGGCAGAGACUGGUGACAGACUAGGCUCCCAACUCAGCGAUAGCUUUGCAUGCAGCUUUUGAACACUGAACCUUGUCUAGCUGAGGAGGAAUGCUGGCCAGGACCCUGCACUUUCUGAAAGUGCCAUGACGCUUUUAGUUUCUACCCAAACGAUUAUUGAAGGUUUAGUAUCUCAACUGUAUUGGAUAGGAGUGAGUCCUGCCAUGAGGCUUGAACCCACUGCUUUGUGGUCCAGAGGUAUGGCUAACACCGCCCCACUGACACAUACUGAAGUUAUAUUUUCUGUAUGCAAUGAUGUAAAAUCAAAGGUGUUUCUUCUGUGCCUGUCACUGUCGUAUCUAGGCAUCAGAUUAAUAACUGACUUUUCUUCUCCUUCCUUUCUGCCCUGUGCAUCCCAGCCCGUGCAUAGAGGAUCCCUUCCUACUACCAUUUGCUGCUCCUUGAAGUUCUCUAGCACUUGCCUCUGUCUUCCUGCCUCAGGUUCUCUCUGGAGCCUAUUGCUGUCAGCCCUUAGCUGGUUGCAGAGCGGGAGGGAGCUGCCAUUUUAUGCAGGAUCCUUGCAACUGUGUUCAGCAUCAGUAUCUACCAAGUUAAUUUUUGCACUGUUCUUUAUAUUAAACACACUAUUAUUCUAGGCUGGUGCUUGUGUUUAAUGCAACAAGAGGAGCUGGCAUGGAUUCUUCUGCAACCUGGUGGUGGUAGUACAGCAUCCUUUUGACAGGCUAUAAUAAACUCCAGUUAAACAAGA